CUUUUUGCAUAUUCAUUUCCAUCCCUUUAACUUGUCUUAUACGGAGUAGUCUACUGGUCUACUAUGCACAGAAGUCCCUACUGUCAAUCGUCAGUUGUCACCCCCCAUUCCAUCUCUCUCUCUUUUCCAAUUUUGCAACCAAAUCUCCCAAUUACAUUUUAAUUUGGGACCCACAGACCAACCAUUCAAACUCUUGAAAAUUUGAGCAAAGAAAAUCAUCAAAGACAUGUUCUUUCUUUGUUAGCUCUGCUAAAGUUUUGAUCUUUUUGUUAAUCAAGUGAUAAUGGAGGGAGAAAGCCAUGGUAGUAGUAGUACUCCGAAACCAGAGGAAAUUGGAGAGAGAAUGCUUCAUCAAACACCCACUUGGGCUGUUGCUGGAGUUUGUGCUGUUAUAAUUCUCAUUUCCUUUGUUCUCGAAAAGGGUCUUCAAGGAAUUGGAACGUGGUUAACAAAAAGACAGAAGAGGGCACUCUAUGAGGCCUUGGGCAAGGUUAAAGAGGAGUUGAUGGUUAUGGGAUUCAUCUCACUCCUCUUGACAUUCAGUCAAGGUUACAUGGCCAAAAUCUGUAUCCCAACCAGCUUUGCAAACCACAUGUUACCAUGUGAACUUGAAGAUCAUGGCUUUGUUGAAGAAAAUCGAAGGAGGCUUCUAUGGAACAAGCGCCGUAUUUUAGAAGGCUCCCAUAAUAGCUGUCCUGCGGAUCAUGUGCCACUCAUUACAGUUGAUGCUGCUCAUCAGCUACACAUUCUCAUAUUCUUUUUAGCAGUCUUUCAUGUGCUAUACAGUGCAGUAACAAUGAUGCUUGGAAAGCUGAAGAUUAAAGGUUGGAAGGAAUGGGAGCUUGAAGCAUCAUCACUUAACUAUGAGUUAAGAAAUGAUCCUUCAAGAUUCAGGCUCACACAUCAGACAACUUUUGUGAGAGCGCACAACAGCUUUUGGACAAGGAUCCCAUUCUUCUUUUAUGUGGGAUGUUUUUUCCGCCAAUUUUUCAGAUCAGUUACUAUGGCCGACUACCUGACGUUAAGAAACGGAUUCAUUAAUGCUCAUAUAGCUCAAGGAAGCCAAUUCAACUUCCAAAAGUAUAUCAAAAGGUCACUAGAAGAUGAUUUUAAAGUGGUUGUGGGUGUCAGUCCAGUUCUAUGGGCAUCUUUUGUGAUUUUCUUGCUUCUUAAUGUAAAAGGUUGGCACACACUUUUUUGGGCAUCAAUACUUCCGCUGAUGGUUAUUUUAGCUGUUGGAGCAAAGCUGCAAGCCAUUUUGACCAGAAUGGCUUUGGAAAUCACAGAGAGGCAUGCUGUGGUCCAAGGGAUUCCUCUUGUGCAAGGUUCAGAUGAAUACUUUUGGUUCUCUAAGCCUCAUUUAAUUCUGCAUCUCCUCCAUUUUGCUCUAUUUCAGAAUGCAUUCCAGAUAACAUAUUUCUUGUGGAUACUGUAUGAAUUCGGUUUGCAGUCAUGUUUUCAUGAUAGACACAUCUUUGUGCUUGUCAAAAUAGUUAUCGGGAUUUGCGCUAUGGUUCUAUGCAGUUAUAGCACUCUUCCAGUUUAUGCUCUUGUGACCCAGAUGGGAUCGAACAUGAAGAAGUCUAUCUUUGAUGAGCAAACAUCAAAAGCCCUCAUGAAAUGGCACAUGGAAGUUAAGAGGAAGCAAGAGAAUACAGAGAAGUCUCCUUCUACCCGAACCUUAGGAGGAAGCUCGAAGAGAUUAAGGAACUCUUCGAAGGGGUAUUCAUCUGGACCGACCUUACACCGUUUCAUGACAACAGGUCAUUCAACUAAUUCAUCAUCCUAUGUUGAGCUUCAUGAGUCUGAUGGUGAAGGUGAAGGUGAUGAGAUAAUUAAGAUUGAUGAUAAUCUCGUCGAGAAUGAAAUGACUGUAUUGUCUACUCUGAAAGAAACUAAGCAAGAAGAUGUUCAUUUAGGCAAGUCCGGGCCAAAUUGACAGUAUCGGAGAAGUUAACUAGUUUUGUACACAAGUAUUUUUGGAUUUAUUUUUCUUAAUUAGAUAGUUUGCUUCUAUUAAUUAAGGCGGCAUACAAAUGUAAUGCUUGAAGGUUUGGUUAGUAUAGCUUAGAAAAUAGGACGCCUUUACUCUUUAUGCUCUUGGAUACUGUAGUAGUAGUUUCCUGUACAUCAUUCAUCAUUAUCAUUACCCCAUUGCCUCAAAGAGGCUCCCGCAAGAAGCGGGGUACGGGGUGUCGGACGUACGCAAUCUUACCCCUACAAUUGCAGA